CCCGGGCGGCGGGGGGGGGACCGCAGGAGGGCGGCGGCAUCUCCUGUCCCGGGGGCUCGGGGUCGUGCGGGUCCCACCCGGCUGCUCGCUUCUCCUCGCGCGGAGUCCCCCGGCAGCGUUGCAGGGUUGCGGGCGCCGCUGCGCCCUCCGGGUUCGGCCAUUGGGUUCCCCUCCCGUGGGCAGGUAGCGGCAGUCUCCUUAGGGCUCGGCUGCGGGAGGCCCGGUAGCCCCGCGGCAUCUUCCCGUGGGUGUGCCGGGCAGCCCUAGGUCUUUCUGCAGAGCCCAACGGCCCUGGGUGGGUUGGAUUAGUCCCCCGAUGCAUCCUCUAGUGGCCCUUGGCCACCGGUGGGGUGGCAUUGGCAGCCCUGUGGGAAAGGGAGCUUCCACAGUGCUGAGGAACAAUGUGGGUUCAGGUUGGCCCUGUUGAGUUUGUAGUCCCUCUGUGCUUGGGGUUCACCUCACAGAUGAGAAGCUCUCUCCGGGUUAUGGCCACACAGAGCAUGCUGCAAUCUCAGAAAGCUUCUCUGACAGUUGAGCCGUGUUACAGCUGCGUUUCCUUUGGUGGUAGGUUUUAGAGGGUUGACUUUCAAUCGCAGCAUUCCCUAGCAAAAAAGAAAAGGUUGGGCUCCAUCUGGGAGCAGCAACUCGGUGUGCCCUGCUUUUACAAAGAGAGCUGUGUGGAGGACCACAUAGUGGGGUGGAAGGGAUGGCGCAGGUCACGCGACAGGCAGGCAGCGGUGCCCUAGCAGUGCCCGUGGUCCAUGAGAACCGCUGUGGGUUUCAGUUCAUACGUGUGAAUGGAACUCAGCAAAUUAAAUGCUCUGAGUUCCCUCAAUUUUUUUUUUCUUUUCCCCUCUCAUGACCCAUCAGGUUUUCUGUGCAGUCACUUGAAAUGUUGAUUGAUUAAAAAGUAACAUCUUGUUAUCUCUUGUUACUGCUGGGGAUCAGCAAGGACGUUUGCUCCUCAGUGCCUUGUUUUAGCCACUAAAUACGGCUGUGCUGGUCCAUCGUGCCUGGAAUUGUCCAGGCACACACAUACCCAGGCUGUCUUUGAUUUGCAAAGUACAUGAAAUAAGGGACUCUGUAAUUGUGCAGUAUGGACAAAGAAGGCCAGUGGCGGUUACGUCUUGUAGGCAAUUACAUGUGCUGCUGAGCAUCCUGAGGGAUGCUCAGGAAUAAGCAAGAAGGGGACUCGCCUUCAACAUCCACCAUUCAUCUUUGGAAAGGUGGUUGAAAUGAAGCAAAGCCCCUUCCUAAGGAUGUUACGGUUUCUAAAUGUAUUUUCGUUUGUCUUCUCUUUGUCUCCGUGCAUUUGCUGCUUAGGGCUUAAUUCCCCAAACACAUCAAAAUGUUUUUGAGGGAAAUGUUGCUUUUAAGCAGAUGCUUCAUUCACUGCAAAACUUCACAAAGUCCCUUGUUUUCUGAGCAACUUCCAACGUAAAUAAUUUCUUCCACAAAACUGGGACACGCUGGGUUUUGCUAGAGUCCAAUGCAAGAUGGAAAAGGUACUUCAGGCAGUUUUCCUCAUCUGUAAGGCUCUGAUGGUUUCUAGUUGUUGCAGCAGCUCCUGCAGAGGUUGUUGAGGACUGCUACCUUAAUUCUGACUGUAGGCUCUGCAGGCAGUUGCCUCACGGGAUGCAAGGCGAGAGAAGCAAGGAGAAGCCUUGCUCCCAGAGCAGCCCAGAGCUGGCCGUCCUGGUCAUACGAUGCUUUUGCAGGAUGCUGGUCAGGGGCUGUGGCUGGUGGAAGAUCCCCUCUUCCCAGCAGUUGGCCGCUUUGCUGCAGGAGAGACUUUUCCACCAUUGAGAAGUGCUUCAGCAGAUUUGUUGUCAAUGAAAUGUUUAAGUUGCAAAGAAACCAUAAGUUGUGUUUUCAUAUGUAUGGAUCGAAGAGUUUAGAGGGAAUUAAAGACUACAAGGCUUUUACUUUUCAUGUUGCGGUAGCUUCAAGAGCGCCUCUCAAAAGAUCUGUCAAGCAUUUGUCUACAGAUGCUUCUAGAUCAAUGCACGGUGCAUCCGCACAGUCUGAAAUAACGUACCCCACAGCAUCUGGGUAAAAGGCUCGGCGUAAAGGGGCUGUCUGUUUUGCAUUGACGCGCUGUCCUGGACUACUCGGUCGUGGGCUUUCUGCCAGCACGGCCAGGUGAACAGCAGCAGUUUGACGUCAGCAGUGAAGGCUCCUCGUUGCAGGCUUUCAGCAUCUCGUGCGCGUCCUGGAGCAGGGAUUCUGUCUUACCCUGUGCCCGGUGGUGAGGUCCUGCUGGUGCCUGAGUUUUUGCAUGUCCUGGAUCCAUGCUGGUGUGAGGGUCUUGAUCGCUGCAGUCUUGGAGAUGCAAAAACAUUGUGAUGGUGGAACUUUAACAAAGCCUUCAGGCUUGCAGUAGGUUUUUCAAGAAUUGCUAUAAAAUGAGCACUCUUUGAAAGCUGAGUUUUUUGAGAGAGCCAAGAGUUGACAUUGUUGCGGGAAUUAUUGAAGUAGUUGCAGUAGCUGCUGCCAAUCCUAAAAUCCUGUUUUUUUGUAGAAUUCCGGGCAGAAUUGGCUGCUUGGCUCUUUCAUGCUCAACCGAGGGUGAAAAUCACUUCUGGAUGCAGAGUGGUUGAUGUUUGAAGGCGCUCUUAAGAUGGCGCGUGAAGACUUGAACUUGCUGCGGGAACAAGGGCAGGUCACAGGUACUUCAUAGUCUUAUGCUGUCAGUCGUCAGAGCUAAAAGCAGAGCCAAGGGCGAUGGUGAUGAAUGAGUGCUUAGUUGCAUCAUUCCACUUGCCUACUGUAGUCGUAAUGUUCCAUAUUUCCAUGACUUUAUAGGAUACUUUGACUUAAUGUCCCUCAAGGGAGAGUACUGUAAGUAUUUGCUGAUUGAUUACGAGUGUAAAUCAUGCUUAAAAUGUUUUGGACCCAACUUACCUUAUAAAUACAUUUUAGAUAAGAACUCUAUAUUGGCUUUCUUCAGGCCACCUAAUUCCUGGGCUCUGCCAAAUCUUGAAGAGUGAGUUAGAAAUGAGUGGAAAGGAAAAAGCGAACUCUGAAGAACAAAGUUUUCCAGUUCUCCAGUUGUAUCACAUAUAUGCGUUCUCUUCUAAUUCAAACAGGAUGUAAAGUAAGGUCCCAGUUCAGAUCUUGUCUGUUUCUUAACAUCUGCAUGUGCUUUUCUGCACAUAAGCAGUGCUGGCCUACAGUCUGGAAAUGAGGCCGCUGUUCAGUUUGGCCACUCCUGAGUGUCUGUUUCAAAUUUGGGGAUUCACAUGUAACAGUUCCAACAACUAUUCCUAGUUUAUUUCUGCAGAAAGAGACCUUGGGCCUGACUUCAUUGCUCUGAUGUGUGUGGACAAGUUAGCUCAGCGAUCAGGAACUGCAGAAGAACUGAAGCGUCCUGAUUUCUGCCGGUUGGGUUACCAGAAGCCAUGUUGUGCUCCAUAGUUUCCUCAUCCUGGCAUGCCAAGCUGUAUCCUUAAUCAUGAGAUGUUUGGUAAUAUGCUCCGACUGUUCCUACGACUGUGGUCUCACAGUUCUUGUUAAAGAAUUGUUUACUAAAACACAUGUGCUUUUCCUCCAGCCCUGCUCCUCUUUGCUAAGGAUGUUUGUACUCAGAAAUGAUAAUGAGGGAAUUAGCCUGGCUCAGCAUCUGUGUCCUGAAACUGGUCCCUCUACGCAGCGGUGUGGAGCAUCUUCAGCUCUUCAGUUUGACCUUAGAACUAUUUUUUAAAAGCAAAGGAAUGGGAUAUUUUGCAAAACCCUUCCCAGAUUUAUAUGCAGUCACCUCUGUUUUGUGCCCUUCACCUAGCAGUCAGUGAGUGCCAUUACUUCAGCCGGAGGGCAGGUUAGCUACUGACUGGGGUUGCAAAGGGCAGAGGCUGCCAACCGCAGAAAAAUGAGCUUUCACCUAAUGCUCUGAAGUUCCCAUAUGAUGGCCAAAAAAGCUGAUGUAUCCAAUAUGUAUGUUCUAUCAUUGCUUUCAGUCACAUAAUGCACUUGGACAUCGCCGUUUCAUCCUCUUCCAACCUCUGCAUAUGGCUGCAAUGUCCGGCAGAGGUGGAUGCUCUGGGGAAGUGCGGAUGAGCUCAGGCUUUAUGGUUGCCACUGGCCAGUGUGGUAUAGCAUGAGCCAUGCAAGUCAAGGACAAUUUUCAGGAGAUUUUUUAAAGGAUUGUUCUGUAAGUGCUUCAGCUGUUUUUCAGUACUGGAGCUUAUGCAGUUUUAAAUCUGCAGAAAAAUAAUUUGUUUCUGCCGUGUGCAUCUUUCUUCAUCAAAGGUGAAAUCAAAGACUUGCUGUCCUGACAGCGCUUCGUGUUCCAGUGCUAGAAGUUCACUGGCUGCAAUUGUAGCUAGCGACCCUCUCUCAAGCAAAGAGAAAUCACUCCUUAAAAGUUGCAGUUCAGCAGUUGGGAGACUGUUAAAAUGAAUUCAGGGUCAUUCUUAACGGGUCAUUUCUUCAGCUCCCAUGUAAAAUUGUGAAAAUAUGGGUUCUGCUUUUAUUUAGUCAGAGAUGCUGAGAUUUGUUUGCCUCUCCCAGCAGUGGGUGCCAAGUUGUUCAUUCAAAGAACAGACCUAGUAUCUAACUCUCAGCUGUGACAAUUCACAAGGUCUGCUGCUGAUGGCAAGCCUGCUGCCCUCAUGUUUGACUUUACGUGCACAGUGACCUGCCUGUCACCCUGGACAGGUGUCUGGGGAUUUCUGUUGGGUUGUGGUUGUCCGCAAAUAUGUGAUUUGUUUUGCAAAGAAAAAAAACACUGGUUCCAUGCUUUCACAUGGAGAAUGUAGGCACAGGGGAGAAGUGAACACCACUAACCCACAUGAAACAGGAUGGAAUGAAAAAUUACACUUGAAUAUCAGCUGUUCGUGUUCUUUUGCUUUAAGCUAUAAGUAAAACGAUGAUGACGGGCUUACUUUAAUGUGGCUGUGGUUUUUGCUGCUUUACAAUGUAAACAAUCUAUUUUAAAAUCUUUGUUGCAUGAAGUUGUUUUUAAGGAAAGAAAUGCUGUGCCAACCAGACUGUCUUAGAAGAGACUCCUGCAGUAAUCUAGUUUGACCUCCUGCAUGAUGCAGGAGAUUGAAUUUCAUCAUUGGGCUCAAUAACCUAAAGCAGGGGCUGUCUUUUAGUUUGAAGAUUUCAAAGGAUGGAGUAUCAGUACCUUUAGUAGCAGCACGUCCAGCUGAUUACCUUCAGAACAGCUUUGCCUUCUAUUAAUUUACAUGUUUUACCUUUGUCUUGUGUUUGUUACCUCCUCUCCUGUUAUCUCAGGCUGAGAUCCUUGUCCUUGUGGUUCUACUCACUGAGAUGUGCACGGGCAGUGUUCAGGUCACCUCUUGGUCUUUCUUUGGCUUAGAUUCAGAUGCCUUUAGUUUUCCAGGCUAGGUCAUUUCUUGCAGUUCCUGUUCUGAAUCCUCUGCAAGAACUCACUUCUUGCUGGAGAAUCUCACAGACCCCAGUAGGUAGGAGCAGCUUUCUGUUGACAUUUAUAAGCUGGAAAAAAAUACACUCUUCAGUGACAAAGAACAGAUUUAUUUGCUUUACUCCUUCUUGGAUGUAUUAUGGUACUGCAGUAGAGAAGCAUCUCUGGAAGAUGUGAGCAUCAUGUGGAGGGAACCUUCUUGCGUAGCAGCUGUAUCUGCCCACUUUGGCUGGGCCACUUGCUGUGGUGUAUUUGCAGAGUGGUGCUGUGCUCUUCUCGAUCUGUCUUGCUUUGCAUGUGCUGGAUAUCUUUACUGUCCAGUUGCUUCUGCUGUCUUUUUGGGAGUGAGGCACCAGAUUAUCCUGCUGACACACACAGCUGAGGCCAGGAACUCAUUGCAGAGGGACAAACUGGUUAAACUUCAUUUUUCCCCAUAGUCUUGUAGGUGGUGUAUUACCUUUACCGCUUGGUUCCCAUCUCACAACUUGGCUGGCAGAGAUGGAAGAGCCAAAAGCAUGGAGGAAGAAAAUCCAGUUGAUGUAACAGCUGGCAGAAGUUAGCCUGGGAAGCAGACCUGUUGCCAGAAUGCUGUCUCAAGCCAUUUAGGGAGACCCUUCGCAGGUGUUACAGCCGUGUGAAGGAGCAUGGUGUUGGGAAGAGAAAAAGCAGCUACACAUUUGAACAGCUGGAGCAGGUAUUUGGACAGGGAGGAUGGGAUUCCCAGCCCUGCCAGCCUGUCCUCAUUAACAGCAGUGGCUUGUACCAAGAGCUGGAGUCAGAUGGCAGCACGAUGGAAGAGUAUUCGCAGGAGGACUGGGGAAACCACAGUCAGGAUCUUCAUUGCUACCAGACUGGUGAACAGGAAUUGGAUGAAAUGCCUACCACAAAAAGAACAUUAAAGAUAAAACAGGAAUCUUCAGAAGACACUCAGAAGCGCGACGUGAUGCAGAACAUUAUGCAAAUCCUGGAGUCUGUCCAGUUGAAGUGGGAGCUGUUUCAGAGCUGGACAGACUUCUCCAGGCUACAUCUCUCUAACAAACUGGCCAUUUUUGGCAUCGGUUACAAUACGCGCUGGAAGGAGGACAUUCGCUACCACUACGCAGAGAUCAGCUCGCAGGUGCCCCUUGGCAAACGGCUCCGGGAGUAUUUCAACUCGGAGAAGCCAGAGGGCAGGGUUAUCAUGACCAGAGUACAGAAAAUGAACUGGAAAAAUGUUUACUACAAAUUCCUAGAGAUCACUAUUAGUGAAGCAAGGUGCCUCGAGCUGCACAUGGAGAUUGACUGGAUACCCAUUGCUCACUCCAAGCCAACGGGAGGAAAUAUCGUUCAGUAUUUAUUACCAGGAGGCAUCCCCAAAAGCCCGGGCUUGUAUGCCAUUGGGUAUGAAGAGUGUCAUGAGAAGCCCCACUCGCCUCUCACGGAGCACCGAGGCCCCGAUCCUGGCAAUGAGACUCAAGGGGAGCUGGAGGUGCCAUCACCGCAGGCCUCUCUCCGGGUGGAGAUGGAAUCUGCCCGAAUUAUCUACUGUUACCUUGGCAUUGCCGAGGUCAGGACUCUCCAGCAGUGCCUGUUUUUACAUUUUCAGGCAAACACCAAAACCUUCAGCAAAGAGUGGGUUGGGAUCAAUGCGUUUUUAUCUCAGAACUGCAUUGUAGAGCCCGGUGUCUCACCAAAAUCCAUCUACAUCAAAUUUGUGGAAGUGGAGAGGGAUUUUCUUUCUGCUGGCUCUUUGGUAGAGUGCCUGGAAAAAGCCAUUGGAUACCCCUUAAAAUUUAACAACUGAAUCUCGUCCUUCAUAAGGAUUAGGGCUUCUGCCUGUUUCCAUCUCACUACCAGACGUUUUCAGAUCCUGUCUGUUCACAGCCGAGCAAGUAAGACUUUCCACUUGAAACGCGUUUCAGAGGGAAAGAUGCUUGCGGGCGGUUUCAAAGAGCUCGCCCCAGGCGUGCGGGACAGCCGUCGACCAGCCGGCUCUGCACCGAGCAGCGCUGCGAUGAGAGCCCUGUACAUGAAAUGACUGUAGGUACAUUCCACAUCGGACUGAGCGUAUGCUUGGCGUUUCAUACGAAAAGCUGUUUUUCCACUAUGUCUCAUUUUUACACAUCCGUCUCUAAGUGUUAUUACAGAUCUGAAUAAAUAAGCAAUAGAUAAUGGCAAGUUAAACCUUGAAUCACAUUAAAUGAGACUGUUUUUCAAAGCCACCCUAGAUACUAUUGUAUAUAAUUUAGAAUUUCACAUUUUUUCACCCAUCAAGUGUUCUCCUAUCCAAACAGUGUUGCCUGCAAAGACUUUUGUUUCUGUGAUGUAUUCCACUUUACUAGUAGUGUUGCCAUAUCUGCUUUUAUUUUAUUUUAUUUUAUUUUUAACAUUAAAAUAAUUCCUGGGCUUUUAUUUUUUAUUUUUAUUGAGUUCUAUUUAGCCUCUGUGAGAAUAACCUGGCAGCUGGGAAACAUUUUGUCAAACCAUGCUUAUGGAUACAAUCAAAGCUGUGAGAACUGGGGUGGGGGGAAAGGGGUGGGUGGGUCGGGGGGCACGUGGGCCGGGAGGAAGCAUUUAAAGCCUUUUCAGAAGUGUUACUAUAUAAGCCCCAUUACUUUGCUGGCUGGUGCUGGCGUUUUGGUUUUUCUAAAGCUCAUUGAUCAGUGACGUUGUGACAUACAAUGAAUGUGUCGGUCCUAAUAAAAUCAAGCAAAUGCGCACGGA